AAGGCGCUGCAAGAUGACGUCACGUCCGCCUUGUUUCAUGCAAUGGAUGUGCAGAAAGACCGAGGCGUUCCUCUGAGUACUCUUUCUCCCAAGUACCUUCACACCAAUUCAACCAGCCACACUUGGCCUUUUAGUGCCAUCGCUGAGCUCAUAGACAAUGCCUACGAUCCGGACGUUAUGGCAACCUCCUUCUGGAUCGAUAAGACCUUGGUCCACGGACAAGAGUGCCUCACGUUCAUGGAUAACGGCAACGGGCUGGAUCACCAAACCAUGCAUAAAAUGCUCAGCUUCGGCUACAGCGACAAGGUGUCGGUCCACGGCGUGGAGCCCAUCGGCAUGUACGGCAACGGUUUCAAAUCCGGCUCCAUGCGCCUGGGGAGGGACGCCAUCGUUUUUUCCCGGAGCAAAGACACCUCGUGCGUGGGGAUGCUCUCGCAAAGCUACCUGGAAGAGAUCAACGCCCAACAGAUCGUCGUGCCCAUCGUCUGUUUCGACCACACGAACGGCACCAUGUCCGUGAGAGACGAGCAAGAAGCCAGUCUGCAGGACAUCCUGCGCUACUCUCCUUUCAAGACCAAGACUGAACUGCUGACUGAGAUCAGCGCCAUCACCACCACGUGGUCCACCGGCGCCACCGGCACGCGCAUUAUUAUCUGGAACCUGCGCAGAACGUCCACCGGGUCGUUGGAGUUUGACUUCAAGGUCGACCGUUACGACAUUCAAAUUCCGUCCGACGUGUACGAGGAGUUGAACCAAAGCGGCGAGAGGAUCCCCUCGCACGUUCCUGAGACGGUCUACUCGCUUCGGGCAUACUGCAGUAUUUUGUACCUGAAGCCUCGCAUGCACGUGAUGAUUCGAGGUCACAAGGUGAAAACGCAGUUGAUCGCCAAGAGUCUGGCCAACAGUAAAACGGACCACUACAAGCCCAUUUUUCUCAGCAAAAGAAUUCCCAUUAUUUUUGGCUACAACACCAAAAGCCGAGAACACUACGGAGUCAUGAUGUAUCACAAGAAUCGGCUCAUCAAGGCCUAUGAGCGGAUAGGCUGCCAACUAAAGCCCAACAGCAAAGGAGUCGGCGUCAUCGGGGUCAUCGAGUGCAACUUCCUGGAGCCCAUGCACAAUAAACAAAGCUUUAUUGAGAACGACAAGUACAGGAAAACCAUGGCCAGUUUGACAAUCAAACUGGACGAAUACUGCAACGAAAUCCGAUACCGGCUGACCAGAGACGACCCGGCCAAAACGGUGGAAGUCAGCGACAUCAGCAAGCGUCCUGAUCAGAACUGGGUGAUGUGCGACACCUGCAGGAAAUGGCGCAAACUACCCGACGGCAUCGAUUGCAACAAGCUGCCGGAGAGUUGGUAUUGCCAUAUGAAUCCGGAUCCUCAAUUCAGGAACUGCCAGGUGGAAGAAGAGGCUCAGGACUCGGAUGAUGACCAACCGUCAUACACCAAAACAUACAAGCAAAAAGAGCGGGAGGACAAAAAGAAAUUAAAGAGUAAACAGCAGGUGGAGGAGGAUCGGAGGCAUUGGGAAAAUCAGCACCUCGCUAAGCUGACGUUGGAAAACCAGGCUCUUCAACGCAAUGAAAAAUACCUCAAACGCAAGCUACAGGAAAAGAGCGUCCAGUCUCCCGCUGGAUCAUGGACAGACGCUUCAUCCGCCAAUGAGGCCAGCAAGUCCCCCAGUGUCGAUGCUUUUCCAGUCAUUUCAUGCGUGUACUCCAUGGCUGACUUGACCCCAAGUAGAAAAAGAAAGCUGUCCGACGAGCCCCGAAGAACGCCGACGACUCCCCGGCGGAACUCCUCCGUCGCUCCGCCGCCCGUCGACGCCGGCCCGACGAGGGACGACACCUCGGAAACGGACGACGUCUACGAAGUCAGCAGUUCCUCCCCCGUCCGCAAAAUCAAGAACGAAAGAGACGAGGAGAUCGCGAACGAAACCAGCGACGGGACCGUGCCGACGGCCGAGCAGGGGACGCAGUUUUCCGGCCGUGUUAUUAAGGAAGAAAGCGAUAGCCAAAUUCUCAGGAUCCUAAAUAUCGGCGAGCCUUUGUACAUCGAUAGCGAUGACGACACGGCGAAGGACGUGAAGCGCGAAGAGCCGGUAGCGAACAAUAGGGCGCUUUCGCUCAAUUCUUUACACCGAUCAAGCCAGACGGAGGAAACGUGGCCGGAUAAGGACUAUAAAAGCUUGUACGAAAAGGCCACGGACAAAAUUCAACAACUUGUGGGUAGCAGAGCUGAUUUAUUGGAAGGCGCUCAGAACAAAGAGGGACAGGAAGAGUCGGGCGACAUCACGCGGCAAGUGGACGCGCUCGUCCGGGAACUGGAUAAAAUGACCGACGAGAGGAAUCGGCUACGCUUUCAGUUGAAGAACGCCGAAAUAGAAAAGGCCAGCUUGUCACGGCAGUGCGAGGAGCUUCGCGCGAGGCUUCGGCAAGAAGAGCGGGAAAAAGACAGCCCUUUACAGAACGGCAAUUCAUCCGCCGCCUCCGAUCCCGACCACUUAAGCAGGUUGAUCGAGCUGCGGUACAACAUCGGGCGCCUUCUGGUCAACGAGGUGCCGUAUCUGGACCUGGCUCAGGUCAAUUACGAGUGCGAAGUCAUUGACGAGAUACUGGAUCAGUAUCUGGCCCGGAACGGUGCCGAUGGAACCGACGCGGCCUGCUCAAAGUGAACGACGUUUUAAUUCCCAGUCGGUGUCUGCAUUGAACUCUUUUGCGUGAUGAGAGACGUGCAACGACUGUGUCGCCGACUAGACGUCCGGCCCCUAGCACCGUCCGUGGCAGCCAAUGAGUAAAGAGCAGAUGCUUUGGCAUUGAAGAAUAUUCUCUUAAAAAUCAAUUAAGUUUUGACUUUUAUGUCGAUUCAUUGACUUUGACGGGAAUGUGGCCAGUCUGAAGCGCUACCUCAGCAAUACAACGAGAAAAUUGGAACACAAAACAAAAGCUGAGAUAAUAACAAUAUCAAGUGAUGGCACACUUUAAAGCGGUGGUCCCCAAACAUCCGUGGUCGCAAGCAUAUUGAGUUCUUCUCCAAUUGUGAAAGGUGUCUUGGCUUUAGCAAUACUCCUCGCCAUGAGGUACGACGCUUUCAGUGCAUUCGCUUUUGUUGCCUCGUUUGCUAGCUUUUAGCCACAUAUUAUGCAGAACGGACUUUUCUUCUUGCUCAGCAGCUGUCCAAAGACGUCACCGCCAACAAGCAGCUACGUUGACUGGCGCUGGGCUGCUAUACUGGACUGUCUCAGAAAAUUAGAAUACACAAUAUUCUAAUUUUUUGAGACAGUCCUGUUCUAAUUUCCUGACUGUCUCAGAAGAAGAGCGGGAAAAAGACUGUCUCAGGAAAUUAGAAUAUUGUGUAUUCUAAUUUCCUGAGACAGUCCUGUAUAUAUACACAGGACUGUCUCAAAAAAUUAGAAUAUUGUGUAUUCUAAUUUUCUGAGACAGUCCAGUAGGUGUGCAAACAACCCCAGUAAUUGCAGCCAACUACGAGAUGACGGCCUAUACAAAUACUGGAGGAAAAAAACUAUAGAAAUUGUUGUUGUUUUUUUAACCUCAAAUCUCAAAAUACAGUGGUAUGAAAAAGUAUCUGAACCUUUGGAAUUUCUCACUUUUCUACAUAAAAUCACCAAAUGUGAUAUGACCUUUGUCAAAAUUACACAGAUGAAAAAACGGUGUCUGCUUGAACUAAAACCCCCCUAACAUUCAUAGGUUUUCAUAUUUUAAUGAGGAUAUCAUGCAAACAAUGACAGAAGGAUGGAAAAUAAGGGACCUAACCCUCUGCCUAAGGAGACUUAAAAAGCAACUGAAAGCAUCUUUUAACCCUUAGAUGCACAAGUUAUUGGACCCUACACUCUUCCAUAAGUGGGUCAAAAAUGACCCAUAUUACAACCAAUGUGUUUUUAUGCCAUUUUGGUGAAGAAUAAUCACUUGUAUAUUAAUUGGUAUUAGGGCCACACAAGAAUGAUUUCACGCUUGAAAUAUCUUGAUUCAAUUAACAUUUUUUUUGGAGAAAAAAAAAAUUAUAAAAAAAAUAAAACGGAGCAGCAAGACUUUAUCCUUCCUUGUAUUUUAUCAUCAAUGAUGAAGAGCUCCCAUGCAUCUUUUUGGUGAGACAGCGGUGCUAAGCACUUGUGGAGGCACUGACCGAUUUCUGAGAAUAUUGGGGCUCUGUGUUCUGCCCUGGGUGGGAGGUCAUUCUAGUAAGAGCCCGACCAACUCAUUCUGUUGACCAUGAUUUGGACACUUUCUUCUUAAAGGCCACAAAAGUGGAAUCUUAUGAGUGAGUUGUUUUGACGUCUCCGCCCCAUUCGGCUGUUUCCGGAAUACUUUCGGAAAUGUUGGUAAUUUUCCAUCUGUUUUCGAUAAUUGCUCAUGAAUGUGAUUUAUUUAUUUGUUAACUUUAUUCAUAUUUGUUAUCUUGCCACAUAACUGUUCUAUUGAUAUCUCACAGCCCCUUAGCCAUACCGUCAAAAUCUCAUACCGGCACAUGCCUAGCUGCUACUGAUGGCGGACACCACUAGAGGGCGACGUUCACAUAUCUUGGAUUAGUCUAUAGAGUAGACAGGGUUAUUGAUGUGUCCAGAGCCACAUGCCAGAUUGUGGUCAUUAACAAAUGAUUCAUUAUUUCUCUGCAGCCCAUAAACAAAAGCGCCACAGACCGGCACCGGUCUGCGGCCCGGUGGCUGGGGAUCACUGCUUCAAAGGGUUUGUCGUCCUAACGUGUCGCCGGCUGCACAAAAUGGACUUUCCCUGAUGACUGCUCGUUUUCCUGUUUAAUUUUUUUAAGUAUUAUUGUUGUUUCAAAGAUGUUUAUUUUACGAAUCUACACUUCUGCUAUUGUUGAUUUUUUUUUUUUUUUCCACUGAUAAACUUUUCAUGAUACGACAUUGGGUUCCUUCUCUCAUUCCAUCUAGCGUCCGCAGCAAAGAACAUAAGCCCCGCUCCCUCCUUUUUAUACACCAGAUGAGAUAAUAUUGCUGCAACUCAUGGAAAGUAUGCCUAACAAUAGAAUAUAGAGAAAGCACGUUGCUGCAAUAAGCUUGUUAUUUUUGGUUUCGUGGACAGCGUGUGUCCCAUAAACCAUGCUAAGUCUUGUGCCAUUCAACUGGAGGUGUUUUUGGAUGAUUACUUCUACUUUAUUUAAUAGGGACAGUAGGGGUAUGACAAAAUAUCGAAAUGGUGAUAUAUCGUGAUACUUUGUAUCCCAAAAAGUUAUCGAUAUGCUCCUGCGAGAAUCGAGAUAUCAAUUUAAAAUGGUGUCAAUGUCUUUUUUUUAAAAAGGGAACCAACAAAUUGCUACCAAAAUCUUCCACCAUAAUAGUGUCUCAGAUAACUCUAAGGCUGCCUUGACAGUGCUUGACACCCAAUCCAUUUAGACUGAGAAUGUUCGUUCAUUCGAGGGGGAAAAUAUGGACUGGCACAUUCAGCAAGUGAAAGGGAUAAAUGUAUAUAAAUAAUAGGGCUAUCAAAAUUAUCGCAUUAAUGGGCGGUAAUUAAUUUUUUAAAUCAAUCACGUUAAAAUAUUUGACGCAAUUAACGCACAUGCCCCGCUCAAACAGAUUAAAAUGACAGCACAGUGUAAUGUCAGCUUGUUUUUGUUUGUUUGUUUUUUUUGUUUGUUUUUGGCGCCCUCUGCUGGCGCUUGGGUCCAACUGAUUUUAUGGGUUAGUACCAUGAGUGAGCACGGUGUAAUUAUUGACAUCAACAAUGGCGAGCUACUAGUUUAUUUUUUGAUUGAAAAUUUUACAAAUUUUAAUAAAACGAAAACAUUAAGAGGGGUUUUAAUAUAAAAUUUCUAUAACUUGUACUAAUAUUUAUCUUUUAAGAACUACAAGUCUUUCUAUCCAUGGAUCGCUUUAACAAUGUUAAUGCCGUCUUGUUGAUUUAUUGUUAUAAUAAACAAAUACAGUACUUAUUUACCGUAUGUUGAAUGUAUAUAUCCGUCUUGUGCCUUAUCUUUCCAUUCCAACAAUACUAAAAUAUGGCAUAUUUUAUAGAUGGUUUGUUAUGAUUAAUUUUUAAGCUGAAUAUAACUCGAUUAAAAAUUUAAACGUUUGACAGCCCUAGUAAAUCACUUAAUAAUGGUAGGGUAUAGUCUAUCCUUUCAACAUAUGGGAAGACAAUCAAAAUAACUGAACUCAUUGUAUAAUGCAAAUGAGGAGGCCUAAAAAUUGGUGGGGCCAAUUUGAGCAUCCUGAAAAGAUGGUAGUGUUAUGUCCCUAGUACUGUCCCUAUGCAAACCUACGCCCUUAGAUGGAAUGAUUGCUGCCGGACCCUCCCUCCCUCCCCCCAACUUGAACUGGACAUCCAUUGCCGUCAAUGGUAGCAAAACUUGCACAUGUUUGAAGACGGCCGAGGGCGCGCUGGUGUUUCUGAUUAACCAAAGCCAAGUGGAACCACUAGGAAAGAGGAAACAAUGCUUUCAUUGUUCUGCCAAAGGCCUUGUUUUCCCUCACUCAUUGUAUCUCAAGGAUAUUAAACAGAACUUGGAAAAAAUG